UAGUGGGGUUCGUGGGCAUCUGCAAUUUCAUGGCUUAUUUCUUCUGAAAUGCCGAGAGCCAGGCCCCUUUGGUGUCAGCCUCGUUGGCUGCCCCACGGAGGGCAGCUGGACCAGCUAACAGACUCUCCUUCCUCUCCCUCUCCCGGGGAGCAGCAUGAAGCUGGCAUACCUGUUCCUCGGCCCCCUGGCCCUCCUCCUCCUGGCCGGCUGCUGCUGCGUCCUCAGCACCUCCGGCGGGAACCUGCGCACCUUCGUGGGCUGUGCCGUCAGGGAGUUCACUUUCCUGGCCAAGAAGCCGGGCUGCAGGGGCCUUCGGAUCACCACCGAUGCCUGCUGGGGCCGCUGUGAAACCUGGGAGAAGCCCAUUCUGGAGCCCCCCUACAUCGAAGCCCAUCACCGAGUCUGCACCUACAACGAGACCAAACAAGCGACCGUCAAGCUGCCCAACUGUGCCCCGGGGGUCGACCCUUUCUACACCUACCCCGUGGCCGUCCGCUGUGACUGCGGGGCCUGCUCCACCGCCACCACCGAGUGCGAGACCCUCUGAGGCGUGGCCUGCAGCACGAUGGCAGCCUCGAACCUCGCAGACCCUUUCCCCCCAUCCCCCACCCCGCACGGGCAGCACCAGCAGCGAUUACCCCGGA